AUGGCCUCCAUCAGUGAAAAGAAAACUCCCGGGCUCUCUUCAAACCUGGAGACGAUACCCAAGUCGGAGACGAUGAAGCUGCGAAAGAAGCACAUUGGCGGCUCAGUGACUCUCUUCUUCAAGAAGAACCCGCUGAAGAUCGUGCGCGGCCAGGGCCAGUACAUGUACAGCGAGAAGGGCGAGCAGUUCCUCGACUGCAUCAACAAUGUCGCCCACGUCGGCCACUGUCACCCUCAGGUGGUGACGGCCGCUGCUGAGCAGAUGAGCCGCAUCUACACCAACAGUCGCUACCUGCACGACAAUCUGGUGGUCUACGCGAAGCGCCUCACCGACUACUUUCCCCCGGAGCUCUCCGUUUGCUACUUUGUCAACUCGGGAUCGGAGGCCAACGACCUGGCGCUGCGCCUGGCCCGCUGCCACACCGGCCAGAAGGACGUCAUCUCCAUUGACGGCGCCUACCACGGCCACCUGACCAGCAUGAUCGACAUCAGCUCGUACAAGUUUCGAAAGAUGAACGGCGGCAAGAAGAAGAAGUGGGUGCACGUGGCUCCACUUCCGUGCGCCUACCGUGGCAAGUUCCCCGCCGAUGAGUACGGCGAGGAGGCGAUUGGCCAGCUUUACGCCGACGAGGUGCAGAAGCUGAUCAAGGAGGCGAAGGGUUCCGGUCGCUCCGUGGCCGCUUUCAUCGGCGAGUCGAUGGUCAGCUGCGGCGGACAGGUGCUCCUGCCGAAGAACUACCUGAAAGAAGUGUACAAGUACGUGAGGGAGGCGGGCGGCGUGUGCAUCGCCGACGAGGUCCAGGUCGGCUUUGGUCGAGUGGGCACGCACUUCUGGGCCUUCCAGACGCAGGACGUCGUUCCGGACAUUGUCACUAUUGGCAAGCCGAUGGGCAACGGCCAUCCAGUGGCUGCGGUGGUCACCACGCCCGCCAUUGCCCGCAGCUUUGAGCAGAUUGGCACAGAGUACUUUAACACGUACGGCGGCAACCCUGUCUCGCUGGCGGUGGCCAACGCCGUCUUAGACGUCAUCGAGGGUGAGCGCCUGCAGGAGCACGCCCUCCACACCGGCGCCCUCAUGCUCGAGUCGCUGCAGGCGCUGAAAGAAAAGUUCGCCGUGAUGGGCGACGUUCGCGGCACUGGCCUCUUCAUCGGCGUCGAGCUGGUCACCGACCGGCGGACGAAGGAGCCGGCGACGCUGCUCGCAGAGUACGUCGUCGCCAAGUUUCGCGAGAGCCACAUUCUGAUGAGCACCGAGGGCCGCCACGGCAAUGUCCUCAAGUUCAAGCCACCCAUGGUUUUCAGCGAGGACAAUGUCCGCCACUUUGUGGCCACGCUGGAGGCCAUCCUCCAAGAGGUCACCUCCGUCAUCACUGAUCCUGCCCGACAGCUGAAGCGUGCCGAAUCUCAGACCUCCUCGGAAGGGGAAGAGGAGCGGGCGCUGUACAGCUCCGAUUCGCUCAGUUUCGAGUGCGCCAGUUCGGAUUCACUUUCCGACGAGGAUUCCUCCUUCACCUCGGAGUAA